CUCCGCUGCAGCGAGGGGGUCCUACACUUGGAUGAACUGGGGGAGGAGAGAGCACAGUGAGGCUGUCAUGUAAGCCGUCUCCUCUGGGGCCACCUCUCGGUGUGUGUUGCUUCCUGCCUCAGGUAGAAGCCUCAGUGUUUCUGCCGCUGAGGCGUCAGGCUGCUCGCUCUGCUCUGCUCUGCUCUGCUCUGCCUCCCGCUGCUGAGAAGACAACAGCUCCACUCUCAAAGCCCUGAAAUGGAGAAGAGCUGCUCGGAGUGCUCAGUGCCGACACUUGCACACAGCCUGUGUACACUCUGCAACAAGUGGUUGUGUUAUCAGUGCACUGAUGUGCACCAGCAUCAGAGAGCCCCCAACACCUCCCAGUACACAGACCUGCACCAGCAACAGAGGCCCAGUGCCACCCAGUGUCCUGACCUGCACCAGAGAGGCUCCAGCUCCCUGCCUCCCACUGGACAAGGCCCGGGGUCGUAUCCUUGUUCCCUCCUCAUGUGCCACUCUCACAGACAGGAGCCCUUGGAGCUGUUUUGUGAGUCAUGUGACCUCCUGUGCUGUAGCAGCUGUCACCUGUCCUCCCACAAAAACCACAGGGUGGUGCAGAUCGGGAAGGCCCUCCAGGAUCAGCAGUGGCUGUUUGAGGGCCUGAUGGUGCAGGUGGAUGAGAGGAGGUCCGCGGUGGAGAACAAUGCGAAGCAGAUAGAAGACAGACUUCAUGGAGUAAAGAUUGCGCACAGGAAGGCAGAGAACCAGAUUAAAAUGGCAAAGAUGAUUAUGAUGAACGAGCUUAACAAACGAGCCAACCUAUUAAUAGAGCAACUGGAGAAAAUCUCAGAAGACUUCCAGCAGCGUCUGGAGGACCAGCUGCAGGGGGCAAUAGAGAUAUGUGGCCAGCUGGACCACGUGCAGAAGUUCAUCACCUGGGCUACGACCCACCACUGCAGAGGCCCGGUGCUCUUCAGCAGGGCUCUGAUUUCUCUCCAGAUGCAACAACUGCUCGAGUCUUCACUCCACUCAGACUCUUGGAGUCCAGUCAGGAUCAAGUUCAACUGGGACGCCAGUUACUGGACCAAGCAGAUUUCCUCUUUAGGCCAGCUGACUGUUGAAGGGGGAAACUGCACGUAUCCUCAGGGUUUGGCCUGCUCCAGCAUCCUGAGGCCUCAGCCCGUCCCCUGCCUGGCGCUGCCGUCCGUCUGUCUCAGAGGACGAGAACCAGGCUGCGGGUACCAGAACUGCUGCGAGCCCCAGAUGUGUUGCCUGCACGGCAUUCCCCCUCAGCCAGAUCUAACCAGUCUGGAGAAAAGCCAGCUGGAAGCCUCACUUUAUAACUCCAGCUGCGUGCAGCCUGCCCUUAUCUCGGCCUCCUUGCACCAGAGCCAGCAGCUGCAGAGGUGCUGGGACACAGACAGCUCGUCACAAUGUCCUCCGCCUUCAUCACCUGCCUCCACCAUGGGACCCAUCCAGCUCAGCUGCAGCCGAGGAUCUUCAUCCCAGCCACAGGCUGCAGCCUCUCAGCCCAAGUCUCAAGCUAAAUCGUAUCUCUAUCGCCAACACCAGAGGGAAGUUCCUGCAGACGGCCACGCGGAGCCAAGUGCAGAGCGCAGCAGGCCGGGCCAGCGCCAGAGGAAGCUGUCCACCAGCACCACUCUGCAGCAGGAUGUCAGCCACGCGGCCGUGGACAGAGAUGUGAUGGCUGAAGAGAACUGGGAGGAGAGGUGCAGGGUGGAGGAGGCUCGAGGACAGACAGCAGCGGUUGACAGCAGAGAGCUGCUGGAUGUGGAGCUGCAGCAGGACAGGAGGGAGCUACAACAUGUUCCUCCUGCAGCAGAGCUGAGGAAGGAGCUGCAGAGAAACAGACCUGCACUGAUGCCCAGAGACCACAAAGACGGCAGGAGAUCCACAUCCCUGGAGGUGCCGGUGACAGCCCACGAGUGUGUAUCUGACGCGCAGAGCAGCAGGCUCAGCCCUAGUUUAGUGUGCACGAGGAGGGAAAGACGCUCCCAGAGCAUCCCGGCAGAACUGGCAGCCCCAUCCACCAGCCCUUACGCCGAAAAGCCCACAGGAUGCACCUACGGCCUGCAGACGGGAGCUGCAACUAAGUAUAACAGCAUGGAUCCCAGACAGAGGAGAGCUUCAGACGGGGUGCUUUGUGUGGUCAAGGAAACGUCGUCUGACAUGGCAACCUCCAGAGGUUACCGCUCUCCUCUACUGUCCUAUAAGACGGAGCCAGAUCAAUGUUUUGCUUAUGUAAACGAGGAGAUUAAUUAUGAGGCCAACGGGAAAUGCAGAGUGUCAAGCAACGGCCACAACAGUAACAGAGAUGUUCAGAAGGAGUCAGGGAGGCCGAAGGUUCCAGUGGUUUGCUUGGAGCGUCUCAAAAUACUCGUAUCUCAACUUCCGCCACACGGCCGACGGCAGAGCGACCCUUUACCUGCCAGCGGGACGGAGAAGAACGAAGCGCUGCUGCAGCAGAGAACCUGGCUCGAUGCUGCAACACCUGAAGCGACAGCUGGAGGCUCUGAGACCACGAGGACCACCCGCUCACCCACGGCGCCAUCAUACGCAGCAGAGCGACAGAACGUUAAUCAGUCCACCACACACUCCACCACCAGUGAGUUUGACAGCCGAGGGAGAAUCAGCUCUCAUAAAGCAUCCCCUAAAUAUGUGCCACAGAGUUACUCUGCACUGGAUCUGGACUCUGACUCUGAUCCUAGAUCAGUCUCACUCGACAGAGUUGCUUCCAGGGCCGAUCCAGACCCUCAGCUGGACUCGGAUGCAUCACCGGACUCUGACCAGAAUGCAGAGUUUUCAUCUGAGGCUGAGCUUGAAUGUCUGGCUGAGGAGAAGCCAGCGGCUGCAGGAGAGAUUCAGGGGCUCUGUGGUGAAACUGAUAUCGCAGGAGAUUCAGAGCCAAGUCUUGAAUAUGAGGCAGACCCAGAAUCAGAUGCAGGUGCAGGAUCAGAGGACGGCCAGGGGCUGGAAGCUGAUGUUGAGACGGAGUCAGACGUCCAGCCUUACUACGAUGCCACUUUCCAGGCAGAGACGGACUCCGACGUCGUGUCCGAUCAGCUUCCAGACUCUCAGUGCUCCGUGGAGUCUGAGCUCGACGUCGACUCUGAAGCCGAACUGACAACUGACGACCCGCAACCGCUGCGCUCCGACCUGGAAGACGAGUCUCACGUAGGCGCUGCUCAGAGGCCGCUUCUGAUCGCAAACCCUGUCGCUCAAAGAGGAAUGGAGGACGAGCAGCCCGACCAGGACCACGCAGAGAUGGAGAGCGAGGACUUCUGCGCCGUGUGUCUGAUCGGAGGAGACCUGCUGUGCUGUGACCGCUGUCCAAAAGUUUUUCAUCUGUCCUGCCACAUCCCGCCUCUGCUAAGCUUCCCCUCAGGUGACUGGGUGUGCAGCCUGUGCAGAGACGCCAUGCAGCCAGAGGUCGAGUACGACUGUGAUCACGAGAGAAGAUCCGGAGAACACACAUCAUCAUACGGCCUGCCUGCCUGUGACCAGAGAAAAUGUGAGCGGCUGACUCUCCUGAUCCUCAGUAACAUCCUGAGUGCUCCCUUCCAUGAGCCCGUCAGUCCACUGGCUCGUCAUUACUACCAGAUCAUUAAGAGGCCGAUGGACCUGUCGGUGAUCAGGGCCAAGCUCAACAAGAGGAGCACUCAUCACUAUAACUCACCGGAGCAGUUUGUUACUGACUUCUAUCUCAUGUUCCGCAACUGUGCAAAGUUCAAUUAUCCUGACUCCGAGGUGGCCCAAGCAGGCCGCAGCCUCGAGGCGUUCUUCACCUCCAAGCUGAAAGAAGUUUUCCCAGACAGAGUUUUUCUCGCAGCCGAGGCGGACUCCGACAGCGACGAGUACGACGAGGCCUACAGGGCUGCUGACGGCGGUUUCCCCUGGCCGGAGAGGAGAGAGCAGUGCCACAGGAAGAGGAAGAGGAGACACUCUCUCAAGUCGAGGCGACAACACUUCUAACCAGAAAUGACUGAAGUGCAACCAUGGACACAAAUAUGCUGUAUUUGUGGGUAAUUAUACUGUUUUUAUUUAGCAGCCUGUGGGGCUGAAACAGUGUUUCCAUUCUGUAAUCAGCUUUGUGGUUUGCAAUAACAUCACAGUGCUGCCAUCCGAUGGCAGAGAAACAUACUGAAACAAACAUUUGAAGUAUAAAACAAUGCUGGAGUGGUUAUUAUUUGUGCAGAACGAUUAGAAAAAGUUUUGGUUUCACACUAGAGAUCAGACAUUUGGAACCAUAUCUCUUUUGAGGAAAAAAAAGACAGAUCAAACUCUGUAUUGGGUUGCUUUUGCAGCUUUAAAACAACUUAUAGAAGUGAGAUGAUGCUGUAAUUACCUCCGCCAAGGGGGCUAUGUUUUUGUUUUCUAUACUGCCCUACAAAGAAAUUGAGUUAUAACUAAAAAUGAACUCCUUGAUGUCUGUUUUUAUCUUGUGACAAAGUUUUAGGUUUCAAUUUUACUUUAUUUCAGAGAAAUAAUGAUAUAAAAAUUGCAGUAACUACAAAAUCCAACUUAAAACCAAAGCAGAUAACUUCACUUUGACAGUUAUGUAUUUCUUAAUUAAUUAAUUAAUUAAUUAAUUAAUUAAUCUGAAUAAUGAUUACAAGAGUAUUAGAAAUUAUAUGUUUAUUUGAUAGGGACAUUAUUAUCUAGAUAGUGAUUAAGUUAAAAAGUGAGAUAAAAUUAUAUUUAGACUAAAAUAUAACAUUACUUUACAAUAUUAAGUCUAAAAUACACAAAUCGUUGAAUAUAGUUGUUAAACACUUUUAAAUACACUUAUAAAAUCAAUCAAAUCAAUUAGGAAAUGUGAAUACACUGAAAACAAAAUAUAAAAGCUGAAAGAAGACAACAAUAUAGUUACUGCACUCUGGUUUUGCAUUGCUGUAAAAGGUUCUAAUAGUAAUGCAAAAGCAUAAAAAUUACAUCACCAAUACAUGUAGAAAUAAGUGUCAUAUCACUUACCAACCUAUAACCCAUUUGUCUGGCCAGUUAAAAAACGUUAAAAAACUUUAAAGCAGUUUUUUUCAGUUUUACCCCUUACGUGGUUACUGCGGUUAGGCUUUGUAGGGCAGUAUAAACAGGAUAACAGACAAACGACUGGCCUGAUUCCCAUGAAACUUUCAUAAAAACCACAUACAUUCUGCAGCAUUUCCGAAACAUGUGGCAGACACGCUAACUCAUUUAAUUUUUACUUUCAUUAACAUUGCCAGAUUGGGGAUUUGUGCUGCACUCCUGUGGUGUUUGGAAUAAUCAGAAAAAUGUGUUUCCUAAUCAUAUUUCAUGGCUCACCUGAUCCAUUUCCUUUGAUCUUCAUCAUCUGGAGAAAAAAAGAAGCAGCUAUCAACGUGUUGUUUAAACGAUCUGAGCAAUAAAAUAUAACAAAUCUUUUUUAGCGUCCAUGUUGUUUCCGACUUAAUGGUCAUGAAGUCGAAAGAACGACUUCCCAUCUCGGUAAAUUUGAGGAGCACGUAAAUAAAAAUAAUAAUUAUAAUAUUU